AGCACAAGCUCCAAGGCCGCGCGGCCACAAAGAGCUCCACAAAGGCCGUGCAAGGGUGCGGCAGACUUGUGAAAUAUCUUUCACAGGCCGCCACACGCAGCCUGAGCACUUUCGCCGCGGCGCGAGCGCCAAAAACCAUGACACCGCAAAAACGUAGAGUAGACGGGUCGUUAGUAGCGGACGAGCUGUGCCCGAGCCCCCCUCUACUGAAGGAGCAGCUGGCCCUCGGCCCCGCCGCGACGUACGGCCUCGCGGACGCGCGCGGCCUCGCUUUAUUGGGUGUCGGCGACGAAUGCGUCGCCUGGCGCCCGCGCGGCGACGGCGGCGGCGCGCACCGCAUUUUGCAGCUCGGACUGAACCUCGCGGCCGACGAGCGGCCCCUCGUUUGUGCGCUGGGAACACCAAAUCGAGUGGAGAGCGUCGCCUUCCUGCAGGGCAAUGCCUGUUCCAUACAUAAACUUAGUGAGGCGCCCGGCGCGCCUCCUGUAGUACACGACUUUGACGGAAGGGCGUCUGCAUGCACCUCGAUGGGCCGCGUACUGAUCGUGGGCGACGCUUCCGGCAAACUGCAUCGCCUCGACGCGAACGGCUUCGCUGUAUUAGGUGGUGCAGAGAUGAGACAAAGGGCCGCCCAGGUCAGCGCGCAAGCGUCACAAGGGGCCCAAAAAGGUUUAGUGCGCAAGUCCCUCGGCGCUUUAGGUGGCUUCGCCUCGUCGGUCGUGGGUUUACUAGGCGACGAGGAGGACCCGGCGGGCUAUGACAUUGACGACGGGGCCGUGACGGCCCUCUCCUGUACCGAAGAGGGUGAUGUGUUUGCCUUCCUCGCGACGGGCGCCUGUCAAAGAUGGAGGUUAGGAGCCACCGCUUCGUUUGUGUGUGCCCACGAGGCCUGCUUCGCCGACGAGUCCAAUAGUUUCGCGGGCUUCUUCUCGCCCCCUCCCCAAGGUGCAGUGAAGAAGCCCUGGGUCACUCAUGGAGCGGCCUGCGUUGCUGGUAGCAUCGUGGCUUCUCAACACGCGGGCGAACUGUCGCGCAUCGUCAUUUUGAGUUAUCAUGAUGACGGCGAGCUGAGACGGCCGUGCUUUACGACGAAGGUAGUCCUCGAUAGUUUAGACGCCAUCGACUCGCCCUCGAUCAUCUCAAAUGACGAAGCGGCCUGGGCCUGCUGGCGGCCUAGGGGAGCGGACGAGUGGCGCGUGGCCAACAUUGAGGGAGGGUCGUUGGCGGCUCUACCACUAUCUUGCGUCGCCUUCGGCGCGCCCUUCGAAGCUGAAAGAGACGAUUCUUCGUUGAGAGCGAGGCGCGCUCUCUUGGGCAGCACGGGCCUCGCGGCUCUCCUAAACGACGGCGGCGUCCUGGGCGUCGCCGCGGACGCCCCGCAACAGCCCUCUGCGCACAAGAAGCGUUCCACCAAUAUCGACUGGUCGUCGUUAGUCCAAGCGCUCGACGUCGAAAAUGAAAAUGUGGACGCGCUCGAAGCUUUAGGGAGUGCUGCCCGAGCCUACGACGCGCCCUCGCAAGAGUUGGGCCGCGCCGCGGUUGAUGCGUCGACGCAAUUACUGGAAAAAACACCUUUACAUGGCUUCGGGGCCGAUGAUGUGGAUGCGAGCGCUACUUUGGCUUUGCGGUUCGUGGAACAAAGGGAACGGCGCCACUCUUUACUAAUUGAAGCCCUGUCCGGCGCCGCGCGCUGCUUGGAUGGAGAUAGCGCGUCAAAGCUCGCGGACGCGCACGGCAGAUCAGCGUGCGCCGCGGCGGCGGCGCGCGUCCACGCCAAAUUAAUGUUAAGAAAGCACCGCGCGGGCCAGUUACUCUCGCGCGCCUGCGGCGACGAAGUUAGCGAGGACGCCGCGUUCGAUGCGAGAAGGCGCGCCGCGGGCCUGGGGGCCGUCGACGCGUUGUAUGGUGAAGCACCUAAUGAUUCACUACGGGCCGCGCGGCGGUCGUUACGAAGUUGCGAGGACGCCGCGUCCGUGAAAGACGUCUGCGCGUUAAUUAGGGCGGCGGCGGCAGCGGGCCGCGACGCGCGUAAUGAUGCUGCUAAACGGCUGCGGCUCCAGGUUGAUGGGCCUUUUCGCGACGCGCGCGAGUCCUUGAGAAGUGCAUUGGAGGCGCUGGAGAAUGAUGGAUUUCCGCGGUGCGACGCGCGGGCGCCGCCGGCGGAAUUAAGGCGUCUAGCCUUGGACCUCGCGGACCUGCUGGUGGGUGCUCAGGCGCCUGUAGAUAGAGACGGCCGCGACGACGCGACGCUGGCCGCGACGUGUCUCGUGGCGGCGGCGGACGCGGCGCUCCGCGGCAAGAAGGGCGGCACCGCCGCGCAGCGCGCGUCGCAGUGGGCCUCGGACGCCGCGCCUGCUUUAGCGAUCGCCGAGGCGAGCCGGGCGCACGCCGUUUUCUUGGACGCGUGCCUGCGGGCCGACGACAUCGCGUGCGGCGCCGAGGACCGGACGCCCGACGGCGUCGCUUCUUCUCGACACGCGGCGGCGGGCCGAGCGAGAAUCGCGCGGCGGUGUGCUUCCUCAUCGGAGUUCGCGGACGAGGCCUUGUGUAUUUUGGGCCGGCGCGGCCUCUUCGGCGACGUCGCGGACCUGAGCCACGUCUGCUCGACCGAACGGGUCAUGAGCGACGGCGUCCACGGCCUGCGCUGGCUCUGCGCCGCCGAUUACGCGUCAAACGCGGACGACCUCGUCACGCUGGCGUCGAAGUCGCCGUCGGCGGCCUGUGGUACGACCUUGACCUCGAUAGCAUCUAUAGCCUCGAUCGCCGCCGGCGACCGGACGCGCCAACUGAGAUGCGAAGCGGCGCUGAAGGCGAGGAAGCUGGCUGCUGUUGUCUCGUCAGAUGAUGCGCCGUGCCCUGAUAUUGUGCGAGCUGCUUUGGAAAAAGUACCGACAUCAUCUGGAGACGACCGCCUGGCGCUCCUCGAGACGGCCCUCGACGCGUUGGCCCUCGAGACGCGGGACACGGCGAAGGUCUGGGCGGCGGCCUUCGCGGCCGACGAGCAGACGUGGCGCCAAGCGCUGGGCAACGAUCUAGUGGUGCCGCCGGACUGCAAGCGCACUUGCUUUUACGAUUUGGCGGCGAAGCGCGCGGCGGCCUCGGAUCAGUCCUGGAGCGACACGCCCUCGCUCACGGCUGCGUUGGCGCCGCGCGGCGACGCGCGUGCUAUAGCUCGUUUGCUGGCGUCGGCGCAGGAGGACGCGCGCGAAGGGGCGCGGGCGGAUCGGGAGGCGGCUGCUGCCGCCCGCGCUGCUUCUUCUGAUGAUGCGGAGUAAGAGUCCGUCCCUA